AUGGAAUCCAUGUACAUCACCAAGCGGGACGGGCGCAAAGAAAACGUUCUCUUCGACAAAAUCUCGGCGCGCAUCAAAAAGCUCUGUUAUGGCCUGGACUCCAGAUACGUCGAUCACGUGGCCAUCGCCCAGAAAGUCAUCUCGGGCGUCUACGCCGGGGUAACAACGACAGAAUUGGACACGCUGGCUGCGGAAACAGCGGCGUACAUGGCGAUUUCACACCCCGACUACUCUCUGCUGGCCGGGCGGAUCGCCGUCUCAAGUCUCCACAAAGAAACGAAAGAGUCGUUCGUCGAGACAAUGGCUGACCUACAUGAUUAUGGGAUGGUCGCCGAUGACGUGCACGCCGCCAUCCAGGACAACGCGCACCUUCUGGACGGCGCGAUCGACUACGGCAAAGAUUUGGAGUACGAUUUCUUUGCUUUCAAAACACUUGAGAAAUCUUACCUUCUCAAGAUCGAUGGCAACAUCGUGGAACGAAUUCAGCACAUGUUGAUGCGAGUGGCCGUCGGGAUUCACAAGGAUGACAUAGAGAGCGUGCUCGAUACGUACACCGAAUUGAGUGAGCGCUGGAUGACACAUGCCACCCCGACGCUCUUCAACGCCGGUACCGUCAACAACCAGCUGAGCUCGUGCUUUCUCCUGGCCAUGCAAGACGAUUCCGUGGAUGGUAUUUACGACACGCUCAAACAGACGGCGAAGAUCUCUAAAUUCGCGGGAGGGAUCGGUCUCUCCGUCUCCAACAUACGAGCCAAGGGUUCGUACAUCAAAGGCACAAAUGGGGUCAGUGACGGCAUAGUGCCCCUCCUGCGAUGCUUCGAGUCCACCGCCAGGUUCAUCAAUCAGGCCGGGCGCCGAAAGGGGUCGUUCGCCAUGUAUUUGGAAAUGUGGCACGCCGACAUACUGGAGUUCCUGGACUUGAAAAAGAACAACGGCAACGAGCUCAUGAGAGCGCGCGAUCUCUUCUAUGGGCUGUGGGUCUCCGACUUGUUCAUGCACCGAGUCAAGGCCGACGGCGAUUGGACGCUUCUCUCUCCGUCCGACGCCCCGGACCUCAUCGAUCUCCACGGCGCCGACUUCGACCGAGCCUACGAGAAAUACGAAUCCGACGGCAUCGGCAAGACAAUCAAGGCUCGGACGCUCUUCGCGAAGGUGGUGGAGUCUCAGAUAGAGACAGGGGGGCCGUACUAUUUGUUCAAAGACUCGUGCAAUGCCAAGAGCAACCAGCAGCAUCUUGGUACCAUCCGCUCGUCGAACCUCUGUGCAGAGGUGAUUCAAUACUCGUCCAAGGAGGAGAUUGCCGUCUGCAACCUGGCGAGCAUCAAUCUCGUGAGGCACGUGAAGCCGGACAAGACGUUCGACUUCGAGCGUCUUCACAAGACGGCCAAACAGGCGAUCAAGAACCUCAACAAGGUGAUUGAUGCCAACUUUUACCCCCUCGAGGAAUGCAGCUUGUCCAACAUGAAGCACCGCCCCUGCGGGCUGGGCGUUCAGGCACUGCACGACGUCUUCAUGGUGAUGGGAUUCCCCUUUGAGUCAGAGGAGGCAGCGACGCUGAACAAACAGAUUUUCGAGACGAUCUAUCACGGGAGCGUAGAAGCGUCCAUCGAACGGGCCAAGAUCGACGGGCCGUACGAGAGUUUUCAGGGGUCACCCGCGUCGUUCGGGAAGCUCCAGUUUGACCUUUGGGGUCACGAGGUGGACGACUCCCGCCACGACUGGACGAAGAUCAGGGGCGACCUGAAAACAUAUGGGAUGCGCAACAGUCUUCUCACAGCUCUGAUGCCGACGGCGAGUUCUGCGUCAUUCUGCUCCGGUGGCACAGAGGCUGCCGAAUGUUCAACGGCCGUGCUGUACAACAGGCGUGUUUUGAGUGGGGAAUUUCCCAUUGUCAACAAGUAUCUGAUCAGAGAGCUUAUCAAACUAGGCCUCUGGGAUGGUGAAAUGAAGAACGCCAUUAUUCGCGGUGGUGGCAGCGUUCAGGGGAUCGAGUCCAUCCCGGAGAAGACGCGCAUGCUUUUCAAAAACGUGUGGGAGGUUUCCCAGAAGGCUGUCAUUGAACAAGCUGCUGCGAGGGGCCCUUACAUCGAUCAGUCGCAAAGCAUGAACAUCUUCUUCGAGAGGCCCACCGUGGCCAAGAUUUCGUCUGCUCUGUUUUAUGGGUGGAAGCUCGGUUUGAAAACCGCGAGCUACUACGUCAGGAGUAGGCCUGUCGCGGACCCUGUUCAGUUUACCGUUUCUCCUGAAGAACCGGUCGGUGAUGAAGAAGAUGACAAGGAGUGUUUGGACUGUAGCGCCUGA